CAUAAGGAGCAGAGCAAACACAGGCAGACAGCAGCAGCAGCAGGCAGUGACAGUGAUACACGGGAGGAGGGAGAGGAAACCAAUGAAUAUACAGAUCUAGGUCCAGGGAUUAGACAGUCAGUCAGUUAUUGUGAUUAAGAUUAUCAGCAGCUAAAGGAGGUCACAAUAGAUGUGUGUGCUGGAGAGGCAGGAUUAGCUGUCUGUAGGUGAGUUUAGGGAAGCUGCAGUCUCCAUCUCUCAGUGACAAAGACAGACAGACAGACAGGUAAGGUAGGUGUCCAGGCAGAGGAGGUUGCAAUGCCGGCUGAUGUAUGGCGAGCUGCCUGCUGGCUGAUGCUGGUGCUGGGCUGCUGGUCCCUGUCUUCUUCCUCCGAGGCGACCGGCAGGAGGAGGAGGCUGAGUCGUGAGCCCGGGGGGAUCUCCUUCGAGUAUCACCGCUACCGGGAGCUGCGGGAGGCGCUGGUGUCCGUGUGGCUGCAGUGUCCGUCCAUCAGCAGGCUGUACACGGCGGGCCAGAGCUACGAGGGCCGCCUGCUGCUGGUCAUAGAGAUCUCUGACAACCCUGGACAGCAUGAACCUGGUGAACCUGAAUUUAAAUAUGUUGGAAACAUGCACGGGAAUGAAGCUGUUGGAAGAGAACUCCUUAUUUAUUUGGCUCAAUAUCUCUGCAAUGAAUACCAGAAAGGAAAUGAAACAAUCGUCAACCUAAUCCACAGUACUCGUAUCCACAUCAUGCCUUCUCUCAAUCCAGAUGGAUUUGAGAAAGCUGCCCAGCAACCUGGAGACAUGAAGGACUGGUUUGUUGGUCGAAGUAAUGCUCAAGGAAUAGACCUGAACAGAAAUUUUCCUGAUCUGGAUCGAAUUGUGUACAUAAAUGAGAAGGAAGGUGGCACAAACAAUCAUCUCUUGCAAAACAUGAAGAAGUCUGUUUACCAGAACACUAAGCUUGCCCCUGAAACAAGAGCAAUAAUAAAUUGGAUUAUGGAUAUCCCAUUUGUUCUGUCUGCCAACCUUCAUGGAGGUGAUCUUGUUGCCAAUUAUCCCUAUGACAAGACUCGUAGUGGCAGUGCACAUGAAUACAGUGCAUGUCCCGAUGACAACACUUUCCAGUCCUUAGCCCGCGCAUACUCCUCUUUUAACCCAGCCAUGUCUGACCCAAAUAGGCAAUCAUGUCGCAAAAACGAUGAUGACACUAGCUUUGUUGACGGCACAACAAAUGGAGCAGCUUGGUACAGUGUUCCAGGAGGCAUGCAGGAUUUUAAUUAUCUGAGCAGCAACUGUUUUGAAAUCACAGUUGAGCUGAGCUGUGACAAAUUCCCUCCUGAAGAAAUGCUGAAAACAUACUGGGAGCAAAACAAAGAUUCUCUUGUGAACUACAUAGAGCAGGUCCACCGUGGUAUCAAAGGCUUUGUCAAAGAUCAUCAGGGCAAUCCAAUUGCAAAUGCUACAAUAUCUGUAGAUGGCAUUGACCACGAUAUUACCUCUGCAAAGGAUGGAGAUUACUGGAGACUUCUUGCUCCUGGGAAUUACAAAAUUACUGCAUCAGCUUCUGGAUAUCUAGCUAUAACCAAGAAAGUAGCUGUUCCCUAUAGCCCUGCUGUAAAGAUCGACUUUGAUCUGGAGUCUUUAUCAGAAAGGAAAGAAGAAGAAAAAGAACAAUUGAUCGAAUGGUGGAAGAUGAUGUCCCAGACCUUAAAUUUUUGAGAAAAGCUCUGCUGACAUUACUUUAAUUAUAUAUUGAAUUGAUAUGCGAUAAUGUGGACCAGAAACAUAGGAAGGUGUGCUAACAAAUAUAUAUAUUGUAUGUACUUUUAUGUGUAUAUAUAUAUAGUACAUGCGUAUAAAUAUACAGUUACACACAUUCCUACAGGUAUUGGAUAAUAUGUAAUUUUGAACAUCCAGUGUAUGUAAACCUUGUGUGUACCAGUUUGGAUAGAAACCUGCAGUCUAUAGAACUGGUAGACUUUGAGUUAGAGAUAAAGUAGAACUUGGCACAAUUAAUCCUGUGACAAAAUGGCAAACAUUUUACAUUUUAUACAUAAUAUAAGAAUUACAAAUGAAGAAAUUCAAGGAAAAAAAAUGCAAUAUUCUGUGUUGAAGCCAUGUGUCACAGAGCGUAUUUUAGUUUAUAAAAUGGUAUAGCACAGCUCUUGCCAAAAAAUAUCUUGGCAGUAUAUAUGUAGAAAUAAUGCCAAUUAAAACUGAAGCGGUAUAAAUAUAUUGCCAUUAUUUCUUAUUUUCUUAGGUUCAGCUAUAACUGAAUGUGAUUUGCAUUUUAAUGUUUACAUUACAAUUAUGCUUAUAUUAUAAGAUUAAACAUUUUGUCUCGUGUCAUACUACUUACAGAAUCAAGCAACCAUCCUAUGAAAAGUGGCCAUCAAUCUAAUAUUCUUAACUAGAAUUCGGCUUUCAAAAUUCUUGCUCCCAUUAACCCUUUCAUGCUCUCACUGGUGAUCCAUGUAUUGCAGUCAUGUGUUUCUCAUCCCUCGACCACUCAAAAUGUUAAUCUAAUAUUUGUGGUUUUCUAGUUGAAGUUAACAACUACAAUGCAACAUUUAGGUCGGCCCAACUUUUCCAGUAUCCUCUUACCACCGUUAAAACCCAGUCCUGAUAUUCAUAUUGUUAGUAAGUCAUGCAUACUGAUAUUUAUUCCACAUCUCUUUUAUUUUGUGGUUUUGUGCUGAUUAUUAUAAUAAAAAAAACUGUUGCAAGUAAGUUGUGAAAAAAAAGUCAGUUUUGAAACAAAGACCUAAAAAUUAAUGGAUUAAUGAAAUGUAAAUAAGGAUGUGCAAAGUUAAUUUAAACAUUUCAAAAGGUCACCAUCAAUGUUACAUAAUUCCAAAAGUAAUGAUGCAGGGAGCAUCCUGUGCCCACUCUUAUCUAUGAGAAUGGCUUAGACCUGGUGCAGCUUCUAAGUUUGUCUCUCAGAGUUUAGAAUGCACUGAGCUUUGAGAUCCAAGCCUCGGAUCUUAAAUAGAUACUAUAGGCCUCAAAACAAUGUCAGCAGCCUUGGUAUAUAGAUCAUGCCCCUGCGGUCUCACUGCUAAAUUCUCUACCAUUUAGGAGUUAAAUCACUUUAUUUACACAGCCCUAGUCACACCUCCCUGCAUAUGACUUGCCCAGCCUUCCAGAACACUUCCUAUAAAGGAACCAAGAUAUUCUAGAUUCCUUUAUUGCACAAUCCAUGUAAUCUAAAAUUUCUCAUAAUUUCUGAUCUCCUGCUCUGUUAAUAGUUUUCUAGACCCUGUAGGAGCCUCUUGUGUGUGAUUAAAGUUCAAUU